CAUUGGAAUGUUUACAACAUACGGCCACGGACGGCCGAUAAGGUCUGUUUUUACAAGACUAUGUGCUAGAGAAUACUCGAUUUUCGUUCCAAAACUAUUGCGAUAAGAGUGAUAAACAAAAGGAAAUAAUAAAAGAACACCUACACAUCAUUGUUAAACAUUAUAAAACAGAUUUUUAUCCUGAAAUUUUUAAGAUAGUAUGCGCAAUAGCACAUCGACAGCAACUCGAUAUAGAACUGGAUUUUUAUAUCAAACAAUUACUGAGUGAUGUAUUCUCGAAAUUGCUUAUUGGAGAGAGCCUUCCUGACGAUGACCCUGAAGUGGAAGCCCUGUGGGAGUUUAUCGAUAGUCUCUACCGUCUACUUCCGCCAUCCAUAGACGCUCCUUUGCGAGCAUUCCCAUGCUUACGCCACUUGCCAAUCAAACAUGGCCGUUACUUUCGGUCGGCGAUAGACGCCCGAGACAGGGUGACGCGACGGUAUUUUGACACGCAAAAGUCGACGUACAAGGAGGGUCACUUGCGCGGCCUGAUCGACAUCUGUCUAAGGAUCCAACAACAGGCGCUAGCUACUUCCGGUACCUCGUGGCUCACGGACGACUACAUCAAGGGGCUUAUGCUCGACACGGUCGUGGCAGGAAUGUCCGAAAUGAUUAAGAGCAUCCGAAUGCUAAUUCUUCUCAUGUGCCGUCACCAAGACGUUCAAUCACGUGUCAACACAGAAAUUCGUGACGUCAUUGGUCCUGUUGGAACGCCAUCGACCAAUCAUCGCGAAGCAAUGACAUAUACGCAAGCGGUGAUCAUGGAAAUGCUUCGUUACGUCAGUCAAACCCCACUCGCAAUUCCACACAAGUGCAAUGAAGACGUAGUGCUCGAUGGGUAUGCCAUAUUAAAGGACACAGCGAUAUUACCAAACAUCUGGGGAAUACACCACGACGAGGAUGUGUGGGGCGACCCCUGGGACUUCCGGCCGGAGCGCUUUCUUUGCGCGGAGGACGGAAAGAAGUUACUUCCGGCCGAUCACAAAUUCAUGAAAACACUGAUCCCGUUCUCAGUUGGUAAAAGACGCUGUCCAGGCGAGGAUUUUGCCAUGUCACGUUUGUUCCUCGUGUUGACGUCACUACUUCAGCAUCUGCACUUCCGGCCACCAGAAGGCGAGGAAUUUCCGUCAGUGGAUCCGAGACAUUACAUCAGAGAAUACCCAUAUCCACUUCCGCUCUACAAAUGUCGCGUCGAGGUCCGCAUAGAUUGCUAAGCAUUGUGACAACUUUAUAUUUCGCAGUAUUCUGGACUAAUCAUGUGAUCUGCAGGCGCGCAAUCUGUAACCGACGUUAUUUUUAUGAACAGGAUUAGUGCGCACGAAUAAACACUGGUACAAGAAGGUAUACUGCUGAUCACCACUAAAAUAAGACAUAUGAUUUUUGUAUGUUAACUACGCUAACGUGUGUAUUUAUAUUGAUCAAUAUUUAUGUCACAUAAUAUAGUUUUUGAAAUGCAUGUGCCAAGCCGCAAAGUGGGUCCAAUGACGCCACAAGAAUGCCCUUACUGCUGUUGAACUGUUACCGAGUUGAAUGUGUUCGUGAAAUUUUGGCUACAGCUCUUACUGGUUCGCUGAAUUACAAUUUUAAUUGAACUCUUAUUUCAAUAUUAAUAACAAUACCAUUUAAAUUACACAAAAAAAUGUCAACUGCAAACUAUUAUUUAAUGAAAACUUGAUCCAUUCUCUAAAAUGUUCAUAUUUAUUCUUGUAUAAUCAUUAUUAAUUAUUGUGAUCCUCAGCGAUUUCCCAUCAGUAAGUAUCUUCUUUGGUGCUAUCAGCCUAAUGAAUGCACUUGAGCUGACAGUCGUAGGUUACACUGAGUCUCGUUCUGGGAUAACUGGGUUUAAUGCACUGCGUUAAUUGUCGUCCCGGAUUAGCCUGUGCCGUCCGCAUAGGCUAAUCAGGGAAAAAAUGGACCACAUCACUGGAUUUCGUUUAGAAGAGACAUCAUUUAUGCGAAUGGAUCCAUAAAACUAAAAAGCGUCGUCUCUGCAAAGCCUUAUCUGGGACGACACCUUACGCAUAUCAAAUCAAACAAAACCUAAAAACAUUUCACACAAUCAUGUGCCGCUAUGUAUUUGUCCAAACGAUCGUAUUUCCGAAUACAUACGUUAUCGAUUAUAUUUUUACAACGCAUGACGUCAUGAUUGUAUUCUCACCAGGCAUGUCAUAAUUUUAUUACAAGUUAUCGUUACUUAAAAUGAAAGCUAGGAAGCCCAAACCUUUCAUAUACAAGACUGUAUUUCGUUUCGAAACAGUUCAGGUGGCGCUUUUCUUCCACAUAAAGAUUUUGAUUGCCUACAAUUAACACAGUGAAUUGGAAAUUAUUGGUACUUAAAUCGCGUAUACUAGUCUUGAAAACUGCCUUUGAUCUUUCAAAAUAAAAAACUUACGAUAAGUAUGGGGGUGUAGAAAUAUUAAUGUUGCGGUUGAGUUAUAAAUCAUGUUUAUAACAAUAAGGCACACGUUUCGAUUUCGGUUAUUCAAAAUGUAUGAACAUUGACAACAUUAACAAUGUGUUUAGAUAUUGCUUAGAUACGAUUGAACAACAUGAACCUGAACGAAUGCGGCUAUUGAAUAUGACGAAAGUAACUUUGGUAUUUUCUCGUAAUCUAACACAUAAUAAUCAUUCAAUCGAAAGGGUGCACUCAGUUACUUGCUAAUAACUUAAUAUGGGCAUUCAUUUACAAAUGCAUUUGUUAUGAAGUUAUUAUAUCUAUAAAUGGAUAGGCAUUGUUUUAUUGCAGUUUGUUUGCAUGUGUUUUGAAUACGACGAGUGGCAUC